CAGGAUCAUAUAAAGACGUGGUGUAUCCUGCAAGAGCGACAGUGCGUUAGCUAUCUCGCGCACACACACAUACACACUGAGCUAGACUGAACCUCUGGACAGUAGUGCACUCAGACUACAAGGAAAAGCAGAGUUGGAAAGAGGACCCGAGAGGAGAGGAGAGAGGAGAGGAGAGGGAGAGCCACUGCUCUGAGAGACAGAGGGAGAGAGAGAGAGAAAACAAAAGAGAAGACUGGAGCAUGUGUUUCUCGACCAAGAACAUCUCCCCUUGGGAUCCCAACAUCUGCAUAAAGCAGGAGAAGCAGCUGAACCGAACCACAUGCAGCUAAAGGACCUUUCCCCAAGCUCCUCAGUUAGCAGCAUUAUCAGAUGAAGCAUAUUAUUUUUCCCACACGGGGAGGAUAAAAGACACUACUGUAGCACUUUUCUUGUAGAAUUAUUGUAAGACCUAUAGCACUUUGGAGGCUGACACAGAUGUCUUUCUUACUGUUUUACAUUCACCAGGGUUCUGCAUAGCUGGUGGGUGGCACAAGGACGGCACCUACAGCCAGUGCCAGUCUAUGGUGGCACCAGAGUGGGCAGAGCAGACAUGCAGCCCCUUGACAGGACCCACCCGGAGAGCCUGGUCUAUGCAGCCCUGCCCAGUCUACUGCUGGUACUGCUCGGUCUGCUAGAGGCGGCUAGCGGUUGUCCCACCUUGUGCAUCUGCAAAAGCAAUGGCACAGACUGUACAGGCCUAGCUCUGCUCUCCCUAAUCACCGUCCUGCCCCUGCUGCCCCAGGACACCCGCACCCUCCGCCUGCCCCACAACAACCUCUCCUCCCUAGGCGACAGGGACCUGUCCAACCUCAGCGCUCUGGAGCUCCUGGACCUCUCCGACAACCACCUCUUCAGCCUGCAGCCAGGGGCAUUCUCUGGACUCAGUAGCCUCCAGUGGCUCAACCUCUCUGGUAACAAUCUGGGUGACUGCCCCCUUCCUACCUCUCUUGACCCCAGUAACCAGACGGAGGUGACACAGAGUAACAGGAGUUGCUGGGGGCUGAGCCGAGAGCUGUUCCAGGGUCUGUGGACACUGAAAGGGCUGGACUUGUCGCUGAACGGCCUGGUUGUUCUGCCAAUGGGCCUGCUGGACGAGCUCCAGGGCCUGGCCUGGCUGUCUCUGGCUGGAAACAAGCUGCAGAGCUUAGACAGAGCCACCUUCCAGCCCCUGGGCAGCCUGUUGAGCCUCCAACUGGCAGGGAACCCAUGGGAGUGUGACUGCAACCUGAGGGACUUCAAGCACUGGAUGGAGUGGAUGCUGUACAGACAUGGGCAGGUGGAUGCUGUGAAGUGCAACCUCCCCAAAGAGCUGAGGGGGCAGGACAUCCGCAGCAUCCCCAUAGAGAUGUUCAACUACUGCCUGCAGCUGGACAACCAGGACAGUGUCCCUGGCUACAACGGGCCCAGAGGAGGAAGCCCACCCUGCGUCGGUCGGAUUAACGGGCCCAUGAACGGGCCCCAGGUUAACCAAGAAGAAUGUGUGCGCCAGCGCUACCGGCCCGUUAGCGUGCGCAGGGCCUGGGGGACUCAGAUCGUGGCGGCGUGUGUGUGCGGCGUGGUGUGCGUGUUGAUGGUGGUGGCGGCCACCUACGGCUGUAUCUAUGCCUCUCUCAUGGCCAAGUACCAGAGGGAGCUGAAGAACAGAGGGCAGCCGCUGAUGGCGGGGGAGGGAGGGGGGGAGACAGAUGCUGAGGACGGAGCCUGUAUGUCCUCCCCAACGUCACCAGAUGAGCCAGAGCUGAAGGAGUCCAGCCCGAUAGUCCACGGAUACAGAAUAACAGGCUUUUGA